AUGAAGGGAUUUCCGGUCUCGCGUGGCAGUUCACCGCUUCCGCCCCUCUUACACUGCCUCGUUGUCUUCUUUAUUCUUGUCGCCUUUAAAGCGCUUUUUUCUCCUCAGGCCGAUAUUUAUACACCUCUCCUAGGUGCUACCGCCACCAUCCUUCAAAAGAGAGUGCUUUUGCCCACUCUUUCGUACCCGUCCCGUAGAGAAGCUGCUGCCUGCCGAGCUGCCGGCUCGUUAUCGCGGCCGAAAUUUGGCGACAGCACAAACUUGAAUUCAUUCUGCCCGCCAGCGAGGAACCCGUUUCUUACAGCGGGAAAGAGCUCGCGGAAAAACCCGGAGCACUCGUGUUUUUGGACUUUCUGUCCUGGGUUUUCCCCUGAAAAAGGCGACGGCAAUUCUACCCCUGAAUGCCGUAGAGAGCAUAUCGACAAUCUGGUCACAAAAGGCGCCCACAGCCGAAACUUUCCCCUACACAGUCCUCCACUAUGCGGCAAGUUCGCGCGACACGAAACCACAGACUAUCCUUGCCGGUUUGUCAACGCAGUUGAUUUUUAUUCUCUGGAGGUCCACCCGAAUUACUGCGUUCCUGACAACGGAACGCGUCUCGCCGCAGCUUGUGCCUUUCCGCGAACGUUUGUGCGAGGCCGUUUAGAUUUCGCUCCACAGCAUGCGUCCGGCCGUGUCUUGCCUGCUUUCCACUGCAGCAUUUCCCAUUUGAAGCACCAACAGUCUUCGCCGCAGAAAAUGCUUUUCCUCGACCCUCUGUGUUGGGCCCCUCUGCACGAAAAAACUGAUGUUCAUCGACACAGACUUGAAGUCAAGCACUGCGGCCCUGGUUGGCCCUCAUUUAGCCGGGCGUCGUCGACGCUGUGGACAGGAAAGAGCCUCGUAGUACACCGGGCAAGAGCAGGAGAACCAGAAAGGUCCGAGCAAGGGAAGGGAUGGCAACCGGAGGUACAGAAGGAGAACGAGAAGCCAAGACGGCGGAGGCGCGCUUGGAAGGCGAGAGGGCAAGUGCCCGACCAGGAUCUCGAUGGCUUUGUUUCCAAAAGACGAGGAAACCUCCCGACAGCGAAAGCGAACAUGGCGAUGAAGGAAAAACCACCGCGGCUAAGUUCAGGCCUCACAUCUCUGCUGCACGUCCAUCAAAAGCUGAUGACGACUCGGCAGCCGCCUUCGCAACAGACGAACCCCUUUCUUGACAGGUCUCCGUGGACAGUUGGUUACACGAAGAAGGCAACAGAUCUCCCGCAGAGCGCGUCAGCCUCAUCGCUGCCUAGAGAGGAUCCAUCAAGCGAAUCGAUCGCCAACAGUACUUUCCUGAAAGCUCCAACGGACCUGGAGAUGCUGGCUAGCGUCUCAACACACUCGGCCGUCUCCCCUGCACUGGUUGCAGCUUUGCAAGAUGCACGGAUCCGAGCCCAGGGAGCGAAUGCGCCUGCCUAUCAACCUGUGCCCGUUGGGCCUGCUCAGAUUCCUGUCCCCGAUGGGGGGUGGGGACGUUUGCAUGUCGUUGGCGGCCGCUUGGGUGGCCGGCGCCUCAUGAUGCCUCGUAGAGGCGAUGUCCGACCCAUGAUGGCAAAGGUGAAGGAAGCGCUGUUUUCCAUGCUUCAGAGAAUGGGUGUCUUGGGCUGUGUCGGCGAGCAGCAGCUAAGGGUUCUGGACCUUUUCAGUGGCAGUGGGGCUUUGAGCGUCGAGGCGUUCUCUCGGGGAGCACAGUGGGCUCUUCUGACCGAUUCUAGCUUGGAUAGCUGUGAGGCCGCCACAGUGAAUAUGCAGUAUUGUGGAGUCGCAGAGCGCUCGUACAUCGUCCGGGCGUCUGUUGAAGAGCUCCUUCUGGUCCCUGAACGCUACAUGCGUCUUCCGAAUCAGCUAGUGGACCAAACGCGAGUGAUGCGAACGAUUCGAAAGCUCUGCAAAGAAAGAGUAUUGGAAGCACAGACUCUGCUUGAAAACCUGCGUACUUCACAAGGUUUGUCAAGUUCCUCGUCGAAGUCCGAUUCAGACUCACACGUGGAACUGGGCGAUGGAGUUUCGCGAGACGCACUCACGCAACCUGAGCAUGAACCAAGAGUCUUAGCGGAAGUGGGGUCUACGUCUAGUGGGCGUUUAUUAGAAAGACUGGUGAACGAGGCUCUUAUAACCGAGAAAGAAUUCGGAAGGGAGCACACGUACGGCUUGGUGUUCCUCUGUCCGCCAUACACCAAGGUCGUGUAUAAGGAUCUAAUCCAGCUUCUGCUUGACUGCUGCAUCGUUGGCGACGACGCUGUUAUUGUAGUGGAGUACCCAAAAGAGAUCGGCUGUCUGCCGUACCUGAUUAGAAGCGAGGCGUCUUCAGCUGCGCUCGUUGGUCUCAGGAAUCGUGCCUACGGUCGCACUUGCAUCGCCGUGUACUGCAAACAGAAGUUUUUCUCUGUUGCAGAACUGGCGCACCUUCAGCGCAGUUCUCCCUCUCCCACCUGUAUGCAUGAGUCACUCACCACCGGCGAAAACUUGAAAGUUGCUUCAGCUUGUGGCGACGAAAACUUUCCUGUAAGCGAGUCUCAUGAGUCAAACACGAACACGGCACCUUCUGAAACGGCGAAACAAGCACAAUGCUAUCUGACGGUGCCGCGCAGGAGUGGAGUGCAUGCAGACAGAGCGGCGUUGAAAAACCUUCUCCCGGUCAGUAGUCUUUGGUAUGGUCAGCAGAGACCGGAGGAGUUUGUCCCCCUUGGGAUGCGGCGACAGCAGCUUGUUGCAGAAGGCUGGAUUGAAAAGAAACCAGCAGCGGGACGCAGAAGAACAACCCCCGACAAAUUGAGGGACGACCACGAUCCGGAACCUGGGAAGACCCAACUCGACUAA